AUGUUUGUUUCACGACGAAUGCUCGGAGAAGAUGCCAAUGAGUCGUUGUUAGCAGCACUUCUUAAGCAUCGGAAAAUGUCGAUAGAAGAGAAAUUCCAGGCUGCUGUAAAUGUUAUACAGAAAAUGCCGAAAACUGGCCCAAUGGUACCAACCAAUGAUGAAAAGCUUGCAUUCUAUUCCUUGUAUAAACAAGCAACAGAGGGUAAGAAUCGAAAAGCACAACCAAGUUUCCUGAAUUUUGUCGAAAAGGCGAAAUGGAAAGCAUGGAAAGAAUUGGGUGAAAUGUCAUCAGAACAGGCGAAAGAGAAGUAUAUUAAUUUGGUGAAACAAAUUAUGGAUAAGAUGUCGAGAAAGAUGGAUGUGGAGAAAUGGCUUCGGCAGAUUGAUCCUAAGUUAUCAGAGGAACUUGCUUUGAUAUAG